AUGAGGUUUAAGGAGUUCAUCUUACAGCUUCAAAAAUUAACGACGGAAAGGUGCACUGAUGUAUAUUAUUGUCUUCAAAAUCGGUCUGUGGUAGAUGGAUUGAGAGAACUAAGAGAUGAUAAUGACUAUGUAAGGUUUCUUGAUGCUGGGUAUGCCAAUGAUUGUAAAAUCAAUGUGUUCAUUGAUGAAUAUCAAGAGCCAGACAUGGAGUUGAUUGACGAAGAAAAAGCUGAAGAAGGGGACACAGAAAGUGAUGAAUAUAAGGAUGACGUAGACUCAGUCAUGUCAGAUGAUAUAUCAGUGGACCAUGAACUUGAUGAUGAAGUUAUUCCAUUAAAGAAAUCUACAUAUCCGUUUUUGGCCCACACAAAUGUUAUUCCAAAGGGAGGGGUUAAUGAUGAAGACAGUGGCAACACAUAUGAAGUUUACUUUCCUGUUCAUGAUCCUAACCAACAAUGGGACUCAAUGAAACCUGUCUUAGGUAUGAAAUUUUGUGAUCCUUAUGAACUUAAGCAAAUGAUUACCAAUUAUGCUGUUGCUAAUGGUUACAAUUUGUGGUAUGAAAAAAAUGAUGCAAGUAGAUUAUUAGUUAGGUGUAGUAAAGUUGAAGGAAAGACAUGCUGCCCUUUUAGAUUGUGGGCUACUUGGAUGAGCCAAGAAAAUUCAUUCCAAAUCAAGUCACUGAUUGAUGAACAUAAUUGUUGUAGAGCAGUAAAUAUGGGGCCAAUUGUCACAUUUAGGUGGAUUGGAAAAAUGUUAAUUCGUGACAUAUUGGAACAACCCAAGCUUAGUUACAGGAAAAUGAAAGCGUUGGUGAAGACUAAUUUUGGUCUUAAUGUGAGUGUAGGACAACGUAGAAAUGCUAGAAUGUUUGCAUUGGAUGAAAUUGAGGGAAGUUUGGUGGGACAUUAUGAAAAGCUAUGGAACUAUGGUGCUGAGUUGUUGAGGGCUAAUCCGGGUUCAACCGUCCAAAUAGAUGUAGAUAUUAUGCCUAAUUCUACAGUAUACUUUUCGAAGAUGUAUGUUUGCUUGAAGGGUGUCAAAGAUGGCUGGAUUGAAGGGUGUAGGAAGGUGAUUGCUAUUGAUGGAUGUUUUCUAAAGGGUAUUUGUAGAAGUGAGGUAUUAGCAGCUGUUGGUAGGGACUCCAACAAUCAAAUAUAUCCUCUGGCAUGGGCUGUAGUUGCAGUUGAAAACAAGCAAACUUGGAAGUGGUUCUUAGAUCUACUACUUGAUGACAUUGAGAUGGGAGAUGGGACAGGGCUAACAAUCAUUUCUAACCAGCAUAAAGGUCUAGUUGAGACUGUAAAGGAUAGAGCACCAGGAAGUGAGCAUAGGCAAUGUGCUAGGCACAUCUAUGCCAACUUUAAGAAAAAGUUUACGAGUGUUGAGUUUAAGAGGCUUUUUUGGAUUGCUGUGAAGUCUACAACACAAAAAACAUUUGAAGCUACAAUGAUGGAAAUUAGGCAACUUAGCAUAAAUGCUUAUGACCACUUGAUGGAAAGAGAUCCAAGCACAUGGUGUAGGGCAUUUUUUUUGGAAGAUAGGUGUUGUGAUGUCGUAGAUAAUGGCAUAUCAGAAUUCUUCAAUUCUGCAAUUGUAGAGGCAAGGAAAAAACCGAUAAUAACUAUGCUUGAAGAAAUUAGAGUCUAUGUCAUGGAGAGAAUUUUCAAUCAAAAGAAGAAGGGAGAAAAAUGGAACUUGCCAAUCUGUCCCUCCAUCAGAAGGAGGAUUGAGAAUUUGUAUUGGGAAGUUACUCCAAGUGGUCCACAACAAUAUGAGGUCAGAUUAUUGCAUGAAGGACAUGGAGUUGACUUGAACAAUAGAACUUGUGCAUGUAGAUCCUGGCAGAUUAGUGGGAUACCGUGUUUGCAUGCCAUUGAAGCAAUAUUGUUUUUGAAUGGGAAUGUAGAAGACUAUGUUUCAGUUUGGUUAACAACAUGCAUGUUUGGAAGUUGCUAUAGAUAUACAAUAAAUCCAAUUAAUGGUGUUGAUUUAUGGCCAACUGUAGUUGCUAAUACCGUCUUGCCACCAAGACAUAGAAGGCUGCCUGGGAGACCAAAGGUGAACAGGAAGAAAUGUCCUACGGAAAAAGAAGGAAGGCAUAUUGUUAGUAAGAAGGGAGGGAUUCCAAAAUGUGGUCACUUUACACAUGAAGUACCAGCAUACGCGUUUGUGGCAGAUGAAGUAGAAGACCAUGAGGAGGAGUAUGUAGCGGAUGACGUAGAAGACCAGGAGGAGGAGUAUGUGGCAGAUGAAGUUGAAGACCAUGAGGAGGGUUAUGUCGCAGAUCAACCUGUUGUUGAUGUGGGGGGAAGCAGGGAAAGAUUAGCAGUGUGA